AUGCUUUAUGGGAGCGAUUGUCACAAUUUCUUUCUAACUUUCCCCAUCAUGCCUACCGCAUUCCUUGGUUGUCGCGCCGCCGUUCAAGCGUUCGAAGUCGGCAUUGACCUCUUCUCGCGUUCCCGCCUCAACGCUAUGUCUGAGGCCGAGAUUAUGGCUACGCUAUACCGCCUGCAUAGUUAUAUGUUAGCAUUGUUUUCAGACAUCCUCGCUCGUCCUGGUGGUCCUACGCCACACGAGUCUCGUUUACUGGCGUCCGUUUACAAUGCCACCCAACGCGUUGAAGAACGCAACCGAAGUACUGCCUGGGAGGAAUGGCUGCAAGAACCAUUGGAUGGUCAUGCGCUUUAUAGCCCUGGCGAAUGCCUAGACUCCAGCUUUACCACGGGGUACAUAGGAGAGGAGGACGCGCCGAGCGACCGCGGGUCUUCGUCACCUCCGGGGAUCAUUACUCCCCGAGGUCGAGCUCGUGUCGUUCAGUCCCCUUCUCCUAUGGGAUCCGAUCCGUUGUUUCUACCGAGCCCUGGCCCAGAGUCCCUGCCAGUUUCCUCGCCUGACUCGACGCCGCCUGUCCCUGUUCGAAGGUCGAAGCAUACUCGUGCCAUGGUCAUGGACGAAGAUUCGGAUGUGGUCGAGAUCAUCGAUCCUCCGUCUUCAACGCCCUUGAAGCUGGCUAUUGGCCCUCCAGGUAAACGACGCAAGAUUAUUGAGAAACCCUCGUCUGAUGACGAGGCCAUCCAACAUCCCAACCAUUCACGUUCGAGCUCGUCGGACUCUGUACCUCUCGCUAGGCCUUUGCAUGCAGACAAGGGCAAGGCUCGCGCCAAGACGCCUCCGCCUGUUGCAGGUUCAUCUCGAGUUGACAAGGGAAAGGCUCGGGCGAGGACUCCUCCUACUACUCGUAGUUCUGCCAAGCGUACUGCCUUUAAGCCACCGGUGGUCAAGCAGAAGGAAACUUCUGUUCAACCCAAGCGUCGCGGUCGCCCUCGUAAGAAGUCUCCCGUUAUUUUCCAAGAGCCCAUCGUGUUCGACAAGAAGCGAUUUAAACGUGCCACCGCUAGAUUUGGGCUUAAAGAGCUCCCCGCGGUUCUUAAGGGUACACAAAUCCAUAUGCCCGAACCUUGCCUUCAGUGCUCCGCGCGCAAGGAUUCCGCUGUCAAGAACUGCACCUUUCGUGGGUGGGGAACUCCCUGCGGUCCUUGCGACGCGGCGCAUGUUUCUUCGUGUGAGUACUAUCUGAAUGAUGAACGCCGAGGGGCCGUCAGGGAUGUCAUCCGUAACCGGUUGGCUAUUCAUGCGCCUUCAGCUAUAUCUGCGCUGAUGGAGUCCAUCGAAGAAGACACGCUUCAUAUGCGCACCCUAUCCGCAGUCCUUGAGGCCAUUCGCCAUCGUCGCGACGCCAAUCUUCGAGAGUUCGCAAACGCCAUCGCGGACCUGUGUCUCACCGCCGAGCCUGGAACUCUUCUAGGCACUGUUUUCGAGACUCGCGAGGAGUUCGGCUCGUGGUACAGCUUCGUUCAAGACUUUGUAGAUACUCAGGGGGUCCCAGUGCCUGCGGGUUCAACGACGGCCGAUUUGGAGAGACUCGUCUCACUUUUUCAGCGAGACGAUUCUCCUCCCAUUGCUGGGCCUUCAUCUCUGACACCUCGUCAACGCCGCGUCCGCUCGCUGUCCCUUAUUCCUUCUAUCGCCGUUGCUUCGCCUGGUCUUCCACCUUCCGCCCAUUCUCAGGAGGAGGAGGAGGAGGUUAUCGACGAGCUUGUUGACGAGGAGUAG